GGUGACAUUUCGCUUUGUUGACAUUUUCUUGCGUAUGUGGAACAGUGAAUUUUGUUCAGCAGUUUCAGUAAAAGUGUUUCUUCAUUAAUUUAGGCGAUUUGAGUAAUUUCAAGUAAUAUUACGGAUAUUUUAAUCCUAGUUGUGUAUUUAGUGCCAAAAUGACUUCCGAUUGGGAUGAAAUUAAACGACUUGCGGCCGAUUUCCAGAAGGCACAGCUGUCUACCAGCCUGCAAAGGCUGUCGGAACGGAAUUGCGUGGAGGUGGUUAGUCUACUGAUCGAGAAGGGCCUGCUGGAGGUUAUCUUCACUACGGAUGGGAAGGAAUACCUGACCCAAGCUCAUCUCGCACAGGAGGUGAAGGACGAACUGUUUGUCCAGGGCGGUCGGGUAAAUCUCGUUGAUCUGGCCAAAACAUUGAAUGUGGACUUCGAUAGGGUUCAGCGGGUGGCGGAGCAAGUCGUGCAGGAGGAUCCAUCCGUGAAGUUCGUGCUCGGUCAAUUGCUGGACGUUUCGUACUUUGAACGAGUGGCGAUGGAAGUCAACGAAAAGUUGGCUCAGGCUGGUGAGAUAAAUGUGGCGGAUUUAACGAUGCAGUAUGAUUUGCCCGCUGACUUCAUAUUGAGCAAUAUCGUUCUAAAGUAUUUAAAUAAAAUAAUCAUGGGUAAGCAAGAUGCAUCGAACGCAAACAUAUUCUUCACCCAAUCGUAUGUUACAAGAAGUAAAGCGAAAAUCCGCGGAGCAUUGGCUGCCAUAACUAAGCCAACUCCUGUAUCGGCCAUUCUUGCCCAGUGUGGCAUCCCGGAUAGGCUAUUCAACAUGCUGGUCAAUGAAGUGGCCACACUUGGAAGUGUAACCUCCAGAUCGCCAGGAGCGCAAUACAUUCCACACAUAUACAGGAAAACCCAAGUGGAUUGGGUUCAGAAUUUCUACCGUCAAAAUGGGUACUUGGAACAUGAUUCUGUGGCGGGAUUGGGAGUAACUGAUGUGAAGAACUUCAUUACCAAUCAGCUACCCGAGGCGAAGAUAAUCCAUCUUAAAAAGUGCAGCGUAGGAGAGAAGCUCAUCGAUCAGGUUGUUGCGUCGCUGGAAGAAUGUUUAUCCUCCAACACUUAUUUGGACGUAUCGACGAUCUUGCCAUCGAUCAUGACCGACGAAGACAUCGACCAGCUGCUUUCCAUGGUCCUGACCGCGGCAAUGCAAAAGCAAACGCUGAUCUUUGGCAGCACCAUUCUAACGACUAAAUUCGUUGACGACAUCAUCAAACCAUGCUACGGCAUAGCGGAAGAGCACGCAAAAAGGUCGGUCGACAGCGGAAGCUAUCAGCAGUAUAUGGCCGAGAAGUUGAUGAAGCACCAAGAUCCCAUGGACAGAGACUCUGCCGUUGGAGAAGGAAAAGCCGACAAACGUGAAGAACGUCGUAAGAAAGCAGCCGGUGGAAAGGGAGGCGGUGGAACGCAAGGACGUGAAACGAAAACCAAGUCCACCAAAAAACACGUCCGCGGCCAGAAAGGUAACGUUUCGGAUUCGGAUGAUGAUAUGCCCAGCGGAGGGAAGAAGGGUGGCAAGGAUGCGGUUAUUGAGCUGAUUACGACGAAAGAAAUUGCCAAGGUACUGGAAGCUGGAUUGGAACCGGAGGGGUUGGAGGAUCUUUCGAAGCAGCUGGCGCAGCACUAUUAUCCGCAAUUCAGCAAGCUAGCAUUGGCUAAAGCCCACCAACUGUACGAAAUUUCAUUGCAUCAGAGCAAUCAAAAUCGUCGCCAAACUCAUGCCAGCCUCCAGGACAAACUCAACAAUCUGUACAACGACAUUCGUCUGUACGAAAAGGGGAUAAAACUAUUCCCAGCCGACGUACAGCCUCAACUUGUGAAGUACUUGCUCAAAUCCCUCGGCACCGACUUUUCUAACGAAAUUUGCUUCUACGUUGCGGCCGAGUGCAAUCUGAACAGCAACGGAACCACUUUGACUGUAGAGCAGCGGAAUAAAAUCGUCCAGGAAUGCAGCCAAGAGUACAAGUCUGCCUUGCAAGCACUGAACAAGGCCGUCUCCAGCAGCGCGUCGAUUGAUGACUUCCUAGAUGUCGCCGAAAGUGCCCUUCAAGCCUGCAGUAUGAUACUGAAGAAGAUCGAUAAGAAGAAAGAUAGAAAUUUAAUUCUAUGCCAUAAGCACGGUCUGCUGGAGCAAUUGGCCAACUGUUCAGAUCCGGCUUUGGUCCUGCACCUGGCUGUGCUCAUAAUUUUCACAAUUUGUACCCAGAGUAUGUUGCACGCCUCCGGUCGACAUGUUUCGUCCAUAUUGAGUUUCUUACAGCCUCAGCUAAGUCCCGAGCAAGCACAAACUCUUACCUCUUAUCACGAUUUGGUUUUAAAACUUCUUAGUGCAGAGGGCUCGUCAUCCAACGUGGAUGAUAUCACUAAACAAUUGGAAGAUUUAACUCCCACAGUGAAAAGCAUCGCUAGCAGUUUCAAGAAAUCAGGCGUCACAAGUGCAGAAUAACUUGAAAUACAUUCG